CCAUGACAGGCGCACAGCAGCACAAGCCAUCUCGCUACCUUAUGCUGACUGACCCUGGAGACGUGCUCGACCCGCCCCCGGGACCCAGACGGCCCCGGCACCCUGACGCCCGCGGCACCCUGACGCCCGCGGCACACUGACGCCCGCGGCACACUGACGCCCGCGGCACCCUGACGCCCGCGGCACACUGACGCCCGCGGCACCCUGGCAUCCUGCGCCCCUGGCAUCCUGCGCCCCCGGCCGCCAUGGCCCGUGACCCCCACCGCGCGACGCGCCCGCCCUUGGCUCAUGAUAGUGAUGAUGAUCUGGGUUUGGGUACCGUUAACCCUAAUGAGGUGCUGAGGAAUACCCACUCUGGACACUUCCGGCUGCUGCCCCAUGACCCACCACUCUCCCUGGAUGAGUACCAGUUGAGUGAGGACCUCCAGCAACUGCGCCAUGGCCCACCACUCUCCCUGGAUGAGUACCAGUUGAGUGAGGACCUCCAGCAACUGCGCCAUGACCCACCACUCUCCCUGGAUGAGUACCAGUUGAGUGAGGACCUCCAGCAACUGCGCCAUGACCCACCACUCUCCCUGGAUGAGUACCAGUUGAGUGAGGACCCACAGCAACUGCCCCAGGACCCACCACUCUUGCUGGAUGAGUACCAGUUGAGUGAGGACCUCCAGCAACUGCCCCAUGGCCCACCACUCUCCCUGGAUGAGUACCAGUUGAGUGAGGACCCACAGCAACUGCCCCAGGACCCACCACUCUUGCUGGAUGAGUACCAGUUGAGUGAGGACCUCCAGCAACUGCCCCAUGACCCACCACUCUCCCUGGAUGAGUACCAGUUGAGUGAGGACCCACAGCAACUGCCCCAUGACCCACCACUCUCCCUGGAUGAGUACCAGUUGAGUGAGGACCCACAGCAACUGCCCCAGGACCCACCACUCUCCCUGGAUGAGUACCAGUUCAGUGAGGACCCACAGCAACAACCUCAGGAUGGUUCUUCAUCAUGCACGCUCUACAGGCUAACGGAUAUGUUCGGUGGAGCUCGCAGCAAGGAGCCGCCACUGUUAUGGACAUCAGGCGGCAGCACAUACCAUUAUUCACCCGGGAGAGCAAAAAGCACCCAUACACCAACCAACUUGCCAGGACCAUCACACAGCAGCUAUCCAACAGGAGAAGCUGCCCCUCAACCAUCCGUGGAGGCCACGACUGCUGCGCCGAGAGGGAGAGGAGGUUGGCGCCACAGACACACACGACAGUUUCUGCAGGAGGAAGAAGACAAAAAGAGACGGAGGCAGGAACUGAACAAGGAAGCGUCGCAGCUGUACCGGCAGAGAAGGAAAGCGUCUGACAGUCUGCAGCAGCGUCACCAGUUGCUGGAGGAAGAAAACCAGCGGUUACAGAAGAAGUCCGCCAUACUGAAGAGUCACAACCAAUGGUGUUAUGAGUUUUACCACAGACACAAGGAGCAUUUUCCCGCGCUCCCAGAAGCGAGCAGUUUGCCUCCUGGCCAGGAGGAGCCGCCACACGGCAGCUCUUGGUCCCCCACCUCAUCAGACCAGGAGGACCCAGCACACAACAGUCCCUAGAAAAGUCCUCUUCAGUCAUAACAAGAGGAGCCCCAGGCAGAAGCUCUUGAUAGACCGAUAGACCCUUCCAUCACACCAGGAAGAUACCGUAUGCAGUUGUCCCUCUGUCAGUGUUGCAUGACUGGGCUGUGUGUGUCAGUGUUGCAUGACUGGGCUGUGUGUCAGUGUUGCAAGACUGGGCUGUGUGUCAGUGUUGCAUGACUGGGCUGUGUGUGUCAGUGUUGCAUGACUGGGCUGUG